AUGGCUUCGAUCUUGCGACAGAUCGUGGCGGGGCCGCGAGCUCGGCAUCCUGAAGCGGGUUUAGAUCUCUGCUAUGUCACGGAUCACAUUAUCGCAACAUCUGGACCCUCAGAAACAUACCCUCAGCUCGCAUACCGAAACCCGCUCGACCAGGUUGUGAAAUUCCUCGACUCUAAGCACGGCGAGGACUGGGCGAUAUGGGAGUUCCGCGCUGAAGGAACAGGUUAUCCGGACGAAUCCGUAUACGGUCGCGUGAGGCAUUACCCAUGGCCUGAUCACCACCCACCUCCCUUUCGGCUCGUGCCCAUGAUCAUGGCCAGUAUGCGCAAUUGGUUACAUGGUGGAGAAUUUGGUGGCGGAAGUGUUACAGACGAUGGAAGACCUGUUUCCUCAAAUAAGGGUGCACUUACUGAGGCGCAAAAAAGCGAGAAGCGUGACAAGAGAGUCGUAGUGGUGCACUGCAAAGCUGGCAAGGGACGCAGCGGAACAGUGAGCUGCAGCUAUCUCAUUGCCGAGGAGGGGUGGAAGCCUGAAGACGCCCUCGCACGAUUUACAGAGCGACGUAUGCGCCCGAAGUUCGGCGCUGGUGUAUCGAUCCCUUCACAAUUGCGCUGGAUCAGCUAUGUUGAGCGCUGGACUAAAGGCGGCAAGAAAUACACUGAUAGACCCAUUGAAAUCGCUGAGAUUCACGUCUGGGGUUUACGCCACGGUGUCAAGGUUGAUGUCGAAGGAUUUGCAGACGAGGGCAAGAAGAUCGACGUCUUUCACACAUUCAAGAAGGAAGAGCGUGUUGUUGUUGACCCAGAAGCACCUGAAGAGAGCGGCAUCAGCGAUAUGAUCUGGGAAAUGGCCGGAUAUCAGAUCACGAAGCCAAAGCAGGAAGCGCCUGAGGAAGCGCACUUUUCCGAUGCAACGAACCCCGGUGACAACGAUUUGCCCGAGGCUGAAAGGAAGGACUCAAAAGGCAAAGCGAAGACUAUUAAGCGCAAGGGUACCGAGUUACUACAUAAGGUGUCACCAGGAGGUUCGCAUAAGGGCACGGAGAAGGCUAAGAAUGAUUCUGCUACAUCAUCGAAGACGGACGUUACAGAGGCAAACUCGGAAGAAGAACCCGGUGGUAUGGCUGUUAUCCUGAGGCCCAAAGAGCCCAUCCGAAUUCCCAACAGCGAUGUCAACAUCUCCGUCGAGCGUCGUAACAAGACGCCCAAGAGCAUGGGUCUCACCAUGGUAACAGCCGUUGCACAUGUGUGGUUCAACACUUUCUUCGAGGGCCAAGGCCCCGAAAGGGACGGCAAAGCCCUUGAUAGUGGUGUCUUCAGUAUCGAGUGGGACGCCAUGGACGGAAUUAAAGGAUCCAGCCGCAAGGGCUCUCGAGCCUUUGACCGCAUUGCUGUAGUCUGGCGCGUAGCCGGCACUGACGCCAUGCCGGAGGAAGUGCUAGAGCCAGCAGAGGGUCAACCAGUACCUCAGGUACGAGCUGCGAACUGGAAGGGCGCGAAUAGUGAGGACCCAGAUGCUGAGAAGGAUUUGGGACUCAGGGUGCAGAGCCCUGCGAGCGCAGAUGUGAGCAAGGCGAGUAGCUUCCAGAGUACUGAGGCGGCGACUGAGAAAAAGAAUGAGGGGGAUGAGAUUGAUGGUGUUAGGGCGAGUGGACCGUCCGGGGAGGAUUUGGUAACUGGGGGCCAUGGGGAGGUGAAGGGAGAUGUGAACACGAAGACCGCGUUGUGA